AUGAAGAUCUUCUUCAUCUUUUUCUUUGUUUUAUUCUCCUUCCUUGUCCAUUCUUGUUUGUCCAACAACAUGAUCAUGAGAACACAGUCCAUGAGAGAUGGUGAUGUUAUCUUCUCUGAAGGAAAGAGAUUCGCUUUUGGAUUCUUCAGCCUGGGGACUUCAAACCUCAGGUACGUUGGGAUUUGGUAUGCUCAAGUCUCUGAGCAGACAGUUGUAUGGGUUGCAAACAGAGACCAUCCUAUUAACGACACGUCUGGUCAUAUAAAGUUCAGCAGCAGAGGGAAUCUCUGUGUGUAUGCAUCUGUCAACGGAACAGAACCUAUCUGGUCCACCGAUGUUUUGGAUACGAUCUCAGAACCAGCUUUAGUUGCGAAGCUGUCUGAUCUAGGCAACCUUGUCCUGCUUGAUCCUGUCACAGGGAAAAGCUUCUGGGAGAGCUUUAACCAUCCUACGAACACGUUGCUUCCCUUUAUGAAGUUCGGAUACACUCGCCAAGACGGUGUUGACCGGUUCAUGACGUCGUGGAGAUCUCCUGGCGACCCUGGCUUCGGUAACGUUACGUACCGGAUAGAGCGUAGAGGGUUUCCGCAGAUGAUGAUGUAUAAAGGAACGACUCUGUGGUGGCGUACUGGGUCAUGGACAGGGCAGAGAUGGAGCGGUGUGCCUGAGAUGACAAACAAGUUUAUAUUCAAUAUCUCCUUUGUGAACAGUCCUGAUGAAGUAUCGAUCACGUACGGUGUGUUGAGUCCUCUAGUCAUAACGAGAAUGGUGCUGAACGAGACGGGGACCCUGCAGCGGUUCACGUGGAACGGGAAGGAUAAGAAGUGGAUCGGGUUCUGGUCGGCUCCUGAGGAGAAGUGUGACAGCUACAACCACUGUGGCCUUAACGGUUACUGCGAUACCACGAGUCCAGACAAGUUUGAGUGCUCUUGCCUACCGGGGCACGAGCCUAAAACUCCUCAAGCUUGGAACUUGAGGGAUGCUUCUGAUGGGUGCAAGAGGAGCAACGCGGCUUCGAUAUGUAAUGGGAGAGAAGGUUUUGCGAAGUUGAAGCGGGUGAAGGUUCCAAAUACAUCAGGUGUGAGUGUGGAUAUGAACAUAACGCUUAAAGAAUGUGAAAAGAGGUGCUUGAGGAACUGCUCUUGUGUCGCUUAUGCGAGCGCUUACCACGAGAGCGAAGAGGGAGCAAAAGGGUGCUUGACAUGGCACGGUGAUAUGUUGGAUACAAGGACAUACUUGAGUGCAGGACAAGAUUUCUAUCUACGUGUAGAUAAAGCAGAGUUAGCGCGGUGGAAUGGAAGUGGAUCAUCAGGGAAGUUGAGGAUAUUCUUUAUUCUCAUCAGUAUGAUUGUAGUCGUGGUGUUGCUAGUGAUCAUGUUGUUCUGUUUCAUAAAGAAACGAAGACAGGCUAUAAGGCAUAAGAAACCUCCAUCAACCUUCGCCCCGAGCUCUUUUGAUAUUGAAGAGCCAUUCGUAUUAGAAGAUCUCGAGGAUAAAUCAAGAAAGGGGGAGUUGCCUCUCUUUGAGCUUAGCACGAUCGCUGAAGCGACUAAUAACUUCUCUUUUCAAAAUAAGCUAGGAGCAGGUGGUUUCGGACCCGUUUACAAGGGCGUGUUAGAAAACGGUAUGGAGAUAGCAGUGAAGAGGUUGUCAAAAAACUCGGGACAAGGGAUGGAAGAGUUCAAGAACGAGGUCAAGUUGAUAUCAAAGCUGCAGCAUCGAAAUCUCGUGAGGAUCUUAGGGUGUUGCGUUGAAUCGGAAGAGAAGAUGUUGAUAUACGAGUAUUUACCAAACAAGAGCUUAGACUGUUUCAUAUUCCGUGAGGAGCAUAGAGCGGAGUUAGACUGGUCAAAACGGAUGGGGAUAAUCCGAGGGAUUGCGCGGGGAAUCUUGUAUCUUCAUCAAGAUUCAAGACUGAGGAUCAUCCACAGAGACCUCAAGGCCAGCAAUGUACUUCUCGACAACGAAAUGAUCCCCAAGAUUGCUGACUUUGGCAUGGCUAGAAUCUUUGGAGGCAACCAAAUCGAAGGAAGCACAAACCGAGUUGUUGGAACAUAUGGAUAUAUGUCACCAGAGUAUGCAAUGGAUGGUCAGUUCUCAAUAAAAUCCGACGUCUACAGCUUCGGAAUAUUGAUCUUAGAGAUCAUAACAGGAAAGAAGAAUAGUGCAAUCUACAACGAAAAUUCAAACCUAGUCGGACAUAUUUGGGGUCUGUGGGAAAAAGGUGAGGCAAGAGAGAUCAUAGACACGUUAAUGGACGCAGAGAGUUAUGAAGAGAACGAAGUGAUGAAGUGCGUACACAUUGGGUUGCUUUGCGUGCAAGAAAGCGCUUCGGACAGACCAGACAUGUCUUCUGUUGUGUUCAUGUUGGGACAUAACGCCAUUGAUCUUCCAUCUCCGAAGCAUCCUGCGUUUACAGUGGGGAGGAAGAGAAACGUCAAAAAUGGCGGCAGCUCAGGUAACUGGCCUAGUGGAGAAACCGGCAGUUCUGUCAAUGAUGUUACCCUCACCGACGUUCAAGGUCGUUAAAAAUAAUUACAAGUGUCUUUCUCUAUGUUACAACAAUAGUCUUUACUCUUAUAGUUAAGUUAAUAGCGAUAUUGGUUUAUGGAUCUUUAUAUACUUUUAUGAAUGUAUGCAGAAUUAUUGCUGUAAAAUUAUAAUAGUAUAUUAAAACUUUCAUUUUUUUGGUUUUC